CAGCCAGCAGGGGGCAGCAGCUGCAGCUUCAUGUCCGUUCAAACCAACAGCCUGACAGCUAACAGGCAGCAGCUAGCAGCUAGCACAGCCCGGGGAAGAGGAGAAACACGACCGGCUCCCGUCCUCCGGAGAGUCUGGACUGAGGGUCUCUCCUGUGACAGACAGCUGAAGAGCAGCAUCAGGAUGUCAGCUGACAGCGAGCUGAACACAGACGCCACAGAGGACAGCAAACUGGUGAGACCAAAGGUGGAGUUCCAGUCUCUGCUACAACAUGCAGGAGCCACCAAGGACGUGUUCACCAUGAAGGAGGUGAUGUUCUACCUGGGUCAGUACAUCAUCCAGAAGCAGCUGUACGACCAGAGCCAGCAGCACAUCGUCCACUGCUCCCAUGAUGCACUGGGGCAGGUGCUGGGCGUCGACAGCUUCUCUGUGAAGGAGCCGCGGGUUCUGUUUGCCAUGAUCACCAAGAACCUGGUGGCCGUCAAGAACCAAGAUUCUCCCUCCAGCUUCGCCGGUCAGAACAGUCAGACAGACCGAGGAACAGAGGAGGCAGACUCAGAGAGCCGCUCCUCAUCACCAGAGAGGAGGAAGAGGAGAAGAAGGAGGAGGAGGAGCAGGAGGAGCAGCGAUCCAGGCCCCUCCCACUCCACGGAGGCGACCGUCGAGGAGGAAGACGAGGAGGAGGAGGAGGAAGAGGAGGAGGAGGUGAGGAAGAGGAGGCGCUCAGACAGUUACUCCUUCACCUUCGACAACAGCCUGUCCUGGUGUGUGAUUGGUGGACUGGGAGGAGGGCGGGACCGGCACAGCAGCCAAUCAUCUGAUGCACACAGCACGUCGGGGAAGUCGGAGGUCAGCGUCGCGGCCUCGGAGCUGGACAGCGACAACUUCAGCGUCGAGUUCGAGGUGGAAUCCAUCGACUCUGACGACUACGACGACGACGACACCUCGCUUUCUGGAGAGGACCAGGUGUACGAGGUCACCAUCUUUGAGGCUGAUGACGAUGAUGAUGAUGAUGAUUCCUCUGAUGAAGAUACAGAGAUAACUGAAGCUGACUACUGGCGCUGUGUGAAGUGUGAGGAGUUGAACCCGCCCCUUCCCAGGAACUGUAACCGCUGCUGGGCGCUGCGCCAGGAUUGGCUGCCUGAGGUGUCCAUCAGCAAGACUAACCCCGCCCCCAACAGUCCUAAAGACCUGCCCCCCAAACCAACCGACCAAUCACCAGACAGAGAAGACCCAGGUUCUGGCGGCGAGGAGAACGAGGCCGAGGAGAACGACGGCGUGGACGUUCCGGACGGGAAGAGAGCUAAAACUCCUCUGAGCCUCCUGCCCCCCCCCUCCUCCUCCCAGGACCCCCUCCCCCUCUCCUCCACCGCAGAGCUCCUCCCCGCCUCCCAGCCCCUCCCCUCCUCCUGCUCCUCCCAGGAGAAGCUGCUGUCUCCUGACUCCCUGCCCUCCUCCUGGUCCUCCAUCUCCAGCUCCUCUAAAGGCGACUCCCAGGAGCUGCUGCCCUCGUCGCCGUCCCCCGCCCCCUCCCCCUCCGUUCCCCCUGGCCCUGCGGUGGUGGCGGCGGCAGCGGCGGCGGCGGCGGUGGUGGUCCCGGAGCUGGAGCGCAGCUCGUCGGCGGAGUGGCGCCUGCCGGAGUCGUGCCUGGACCCCUGUGUGAUCUGUCAGUCUCGGCCCAAGAACGGCUGCAUCGUCCACGGCCGCACGGGCCACCUGAUGUCCUGCUACGUCUGCGCCCGCAAGCUCAAGAGGAGGAACAAGCUGUGCCCCGUCUGCCGGCUGCCCAUCCAGUCUGUGGUGCUCACCUACUUCAGCUGAGACGCCCCCGCCGCCGCCACGCCCUUACCUCAGCUCACCUGGUGUUUCUUCACAGCUGGAGUCUGACGUCAGCUCAUGUCGAAAAGCGGCCACGCUGGAGCUGCCAGCUGAUUGGUCACAGAUAUCACUGAGGUGACAGGUGACGCACGGAGCUUUUUUUUUUCCUCUCACUUUAUCGUCUGAGUGCAGCUGGUGCUGACGGGCAGGUGUGACCGCUGCCUCACCUGGACCCUGAGGACGACAGGUGUGAGGACGACAGGUGUGAGGACAACAGGUGUGAGGACGACAGGUGUGAGGACGACAGGUGUGAAGAUGCCUUUAAUUUAUUCAUGUGUACAGAUUGUCCAGACUGUGCAGAUCAGCUCUGUCUGGUGUUCAUGGGAAAUAAAAAGUUUAUUUAAAGUUUAUUUUCUAGAAGCUAAUAAAAUUUAUUUAAACGGGAGUGUGAAGAGAUGAAUAUGAACUCCUGACACAACGUGACACUUCAUGACUCAUUUUUUGUGAUUGAUCACAUCGUCUAUGUUCAAUAAAGACUAUUUACCUCA